AUCGCGGACAGUUUGGAGUGACAGUGACAACUGAAUGGUUCAUAGUACAACCAUGUAACCAGCCAAUUAUCAACCUUCUGAGUUUUUAUGUCAUAUGAAGUCUUCAUUUUCUGAUCACUGAGCACGAGAACCGAUUAUGACAAUGGGGGACAGCAACAAAGCCCUGUAUGCCAAAAUGAUUGUGGAUGUGGUUAUUGGACCAGUCUUGGAAAGGCUCGAAAAGAAAGACAUUUCUGUUGCCCAAACCUUAAGAGCAGCUUUUGCAAAGUGUGACAAUGCACUGCCAGGUUUUACAUAUGAUUACAUGCGUGGGAUGCUACGGAAAGGUGACAUACAUGACCGAUUUGACAUGUGUGCCACACUCCUGUACCUAGGAGGCUCUCAGGAUUCUGAGGAACUGAAGAUUAACCGCCCGGAGCAAACAUUCCAGGAGCUUAGUAAAUGUGCCACAGCCUUGAAGAAAAUCCUCAGUCGCAUUCCAGAGCAAAUCUAUAACAGGAAACAGUUCCUGGAGACCAUAAAAGAAAUAGCAAGUGCUAUAAAGCGUUUACUGGACGCUGUGAACCGUGUGAUAGCAGAAGUGCCCUCCACAGAUAAUGGGAGUAAACAGAUUCUGGAAGAAAGAAAAAAAGAAUUUGUAAGAUAUUCCAAGAGGUUCAGCAACACUUUAAAAGAUUUCUUCAGGGACAAUAACCAAAAUCAAAGUGUCUUCAUCAGUGCCAACUACCUGAUAUAUCAGACCAAUGUCAUCCUUCGAUGUGUCAAGAAUGAAUGCUGUUGACAACCAUGUUUUUCCUGUGGAAAAUGAAACUUACAGAAAUCAUUGUGUUGAAUAAAUAGAAAAUGAAACUUACGGAAAUCACUGACAAAUGUAUAGAAAUGGAAUUUGUAGAGAUGACUGUGUUAAAUGUAUGGAAAAUGAAAGUCUUCUGACAACCACUGAUCAACAGACUAAUUUCAUUUGUAGAUGGAGCUUUUUUAUAUUGUGUCAUAUCAUUCUCAACUGACAUCAGUAAACUAAUGUUCUUAUUGCACAUGGAAUUGGAACAAAAGUGUCCGAAUGAAGUUGAGAGUUUCAUUAAAUUUUUUUAGGUCUCCAUGGAAUUUCAUUUACAAUGUGCUCGUGCUUCUUCGUUCACACUUUACAAAAAGUAGACAUUGGAGAGUCUUACAGCCUUAUGUAUAUUUUGUUUUCACAUAAAUCCCUGAACGCUUGUAGAGGAGACUGGUUAAAUUAACAGGGAAUGAAAACAUUUUGUGAAUUAAACAGGAUUGCCAUGGGUUCAGAUGUUUAUAGCAAUUUGUUACAAAAUCAUUCCAUGUACUUAAGUAUUUGUCCAAACUUGCACAUGUGCAACCUUUUGUUUCAUGUUGGUGAUGGUGCACAAGCCAAUACAGUUAAACAUGUUGAGAAACCACUCCUUUGUUACUGCAUUAGAACCUUUUAGAGAAAUUAGUCUUGUGUCACUACAGUAGAACCUGUCUUGAGAGACCACCCUUCAGUUACUACAGUAGAACCUGUCUUGAGAGACCAACCCUCCUGUCAUUUAAGUAGAAUCUGUCUUAUGAGACCACUUCUAUGCCAACAGAGUAGAACCUGUCUUGAGAGACCACUUCUAUUCCAACAGAGUAGAACCUGUCUUGAGAGACCACCCCUCCUGUCAAGUAGAAUCUGUCUUAUGAGACCACUUUUAUACCAAUACAGUAGAACCUGUUUUGAUAGACCACUCUUCUGUCAGUGCAGUAGAACCUAUUUUUAGAGACGAUCUCUCUAUCUGCAGUAGAUCCUGCCAUUUUUGAUGUACCCUUUUUCUAUCACUUGACUGGACUGGAACACUUCAACAUCACAGAUUAUUUUCAAAGUUGAGAGAUUUUGUUUGAAUUACACUCUGCCAAAAAUAUGAGUGGUCUUCAAAGGUUGAAUAUAUUCUCUACUCAUGACAAUUUACUUAACGAGUCUUUUAAAAUAAGGGAUAUAAAAUCAUUGUUUCUUGUAUGGAGAGGAAGGGAUGAUUUAGGAAGGUUUUAAUAUAAUAAGGAAUAUAAAUACAUGUAUGUGUUUGUGAAGUUGGGUAUUAUGUGAAAUUAAAUUUUAUGAAUAAUUAAAUAUAAAUUGUGAAUAUUUGAUGAGCAGAGUAGGUGAAGAACAUAUGUAUAUAGCUUUGUAAAAAAAAGUCCUUAUUAAACAGGAUUCCAUAAUUAUAUCUGUAUUAGAUACAAGUGUAUAAAUUAUACUGUAUUAGAAACAGGUAUAUGAUGACUUGUUCAAAGUAACCAACAUUUGUAUGUCUCAGAAAAUGUUUUGUCUGGUCUCAUACAUCAAAACGUUUUGUCAGGUCUCGUACAUAAACAGCAGAUGUUACUUUGUGGUUUAAACUGUUUGAUCAUAGGAAUGUUUGACAUGAAAAGAAAAGACACAAGUUGAAGUGUAUAGAAUACCAUUAGUGAUGUGUGGAUCAUCUUCCACAGAAUAUUUAUGACUUUAAUGGAAGUUUUUAGUUUAAAUGUAUCCAUACAUACAUGUAUAUAAAUACUUCUGUCUUGUUUGUAUAUGAUUUACCAGGAUCAAGCAGAAACUCUAAAAAAAAGAGAAUUUGAAAUAAUUUUCAUUAUAUUUCUUUACAACUUAUAAGCUUUGAAAUUUUGGUGACACUUUGACUUCUAAAGGUUUGGUUGUUACCUGUGAAAUGCCUACAAAUGGUCUAGUACUUCAUGCUUUUGUUAAAUCACAUGUUGUUAUUAGCUGAUAUGGAUUACCAAGCACAUGUUGUACCAAACUUUAGGUAUUUCCUACUAUGCAUGUAAUAUAUAAAGUGUAUCCUGAAAUUUUA